UCAUAGAAAAUGGAUUUAGAUACAUGUGUGUGGUAAACUCAUUUUGGUCUCACACUCUUGCAUCACUUUUGUUCCACAAGCAGAUUUUGACACUAAUCAGUCCUGAAGAAGAUGCUCAGGUCAGGUGAAAUUCAGCAUUUAUUUAUUUUUUUGCUUACAUGCAAAAUCAAGCCUAAAAACAAAAAUCAUAAUUAAAAGAAAGACAUACUGUAAGAAGUCCACUUUGUAGUUUGUUUCAGAUUAAAUGUAAAAUACAAUGCAUGGUAGAAGGCUAACACUGCACAUCAACACUAUCGUUACUGUGAAGCAUGGUGGUAACAGCUUCAUAAUGUGAAGGGGCUUUUCUUCAGCAGGGAUAUGUUAGAAUGCCUAGUCAAAGUCCAGAUCUAAAUCCACCGAAAAACCUGUGGAAAUACUUGAAAAUUGAUGUUUACAGGCACUCUCCAUCCAAUCUAAACUGAGUUUGAGCUGUCUAAGAUGAAUGUGCAAGAGUAUUUUACUUUAUGUUGGACAAUCAAAAAAAUUGGAAUUUGUGAUUAUAAUGUGACAAAAUGUGAAAGCGUUCAUGGAUAAUGAAUGCUAAACUCUUGUGUGCUUCUGUUUGUGUAGGAGCGAGUAUUGCCAGGAACAUGAAGGUGCAGAGGUUUGAGGUCCUCCAUAAUGGAACUUUAAUCAUAAGAAACUCACAGCUAACCGAUGAGGGCCAGUACGUGUGCACCGUUCAGAAUCAGUAUGGUACAGACAAGAUGAUGGCUAACCUUAUAGUCAUGUCUCAUCAUCCACGGGUCCUUCAACCUCGAGAGCGAGAUAUCCAUGUGUAUGAAGGAAGCAAGGUUGAACUGGAAUGCAAAGUUGAAGGGGAUCCUGUGCCUCGGGUUAAGUGGGUCCUCCCAAACUCAAUCCAGCUGAUGACGACCUCACCUUCUGUGCCAUCUCAGUGGCAGGUGGCUGUAGAUGAUAGUGGAACUCUUCAUAUCAACCGGGCUAGUUUGACUGAUAGUGGAAUUUACAGGUGCACUGGCAGCAGUGCAGCUGGAGCUGAUACCGUGUCAGUGCAUCUUCAUGUCUCUGCAAUGCCCUCUUUGAUUCAGCAGAGACUAGAUGAGAACAUGACUUUUCCAGAGGGCAGCGCUGCUUAUAUUGACUGCACUGCCACAAGAGCCUCUCAGCCAACCAUGCAUUGGAUCACUCCUGAUGGCACACAGCUCACUCCUUCCCAACUAAUUACUAGAGAUAACCUUACUGUCUUUCCAAAUGGGACACUCCACAUACAAAGAUUGGACCUCAAGAAUUCUGGGAGAUAUGUAUGCAAAGCCAGUAACGGAGUAGCCUCAAGCAGCAGGACUGUGAUGCUAAGUAUCAGAAGAAAACUGUUGUCUGCUAAAGCCACAAUUACAUCUUCAUCUCCCCAUAGAACAGAUGUAAUAUAUGGAAGCAAGCUACUUCUGAACUGUGUGGCAACAGGUGAACCGGAGCCUCGAAUCAUCUGGAGGACGCCCUCUAAGAAGCUAGUGGAUAAUCAGUACAGCUUUGAGUCUAGGAUCAAAGUAUUCCUUAAUGGCAGCAUAAGCAUUCAUUCUGUGACUGACAAGGAUGGAGGUGACUACCUGUGUGUAGCCCGUAACAAAAUGGGUGAUGACUACGUUCAACUGUGGGUCAAUGUCUUGACCAAACCAGCAACAAUUGAGCAGAAACUUCAGAAAUCCAGUCAGGAGGUGGUACAAGGCCAAGACCUGAAGGUGGACUGUGUGGCGUCUGGCCUCCCCAGCCCAGAGAUUAGCUGGGCACUUCCAGAUGGGACCAUGGUCAACCCAAUAAAGCAGAAAGCAGGAGUCCAUGUGGGACGCAGUCGCAGGUACGUGGUGUUUGACAAUGGGACUCUGUACUUUAACGAUGUUGGCCAGCCAGAAGAAGGUGAUUACACUUGCUAUGCACAGAACCAACUUGGCAGAGAUGAGAUGAAGGUGAGAGUCAAGGUGAAAGGUGGUACAUCCUCACCUCAAAUCCAGGAUAAAGAUCAUAAGACUGUCAGAGUGCUCUACGGUGAGACAGUAACACUGCAGUGCAAUGCCAAAGGUGACCCAGUACCUGUUGUCACUUGGAUGUCUCCCAAAAAUAGACCAAUUUCCAAUGCAAUAGACAGACACAAGGUGCUUAAAGAUGGAACACUGCUUGUUCAAAAUGUUCAGCAAUUUGAUGAAGGUAAUUACACCUGUAUGGCGAGGAACAGUGUUGGCCAAGACAAUAAAGUUACCAGAGUGGAGGUUUUGGCAACUCCUCUAGUUAUCAAUGGCUUAAGAGGAACUUCAAAUACCAUCAAAGUUACUGCAGUUCAGGGAGAACGGAAACUGUUGGAUUGUGUGACCGAGGGAACCCCUUCACCUCGUAUCAUGUGGAUCCUCCCAGGAAAUCUAAUACUUCCUGCUCCAUACUACAGUAAUCAUAUGACAGUUCAUCAGAAUGGCACUUUGGAAAUACAAUCAGCUAAGAAGACCGACUCAGGACAGAUGGUGUGUGUUGCUCGUAAUGAACGAGGUGAGGUUAGAAUGUUGGUCAACUUGGAUGUCAAAGAAAUGGUUGGACAUCCACAAAUUGAUGCUCCCCAAAGAGAACGCUUUUCCCUAAAAGUGGGGAAUACAGUGACUCUAAAUUGCUCGAUUGAUGGCUUGGAGUUAACUGAUAUAAUGUGGACCUUACCCAGCGGGACUCCUCUGCAAGCCGGUGCUCGAAUUUCAAAGUUUUUUCACCGACUUGAUGGAUCUUUGAUCAUCAACAAUCCAUCUGUUGCUGAUGUUGGUAUGUACCGAUGUGUGGGGCAUAACUCUGCUGGGAUUUUUGAGAGUACAGUUACCCUGUCCCCAGGAAGGAAGCCACAGAUUCUGAACAGAUACAUCUCUCCUGUCAGCAUCCUGGAUGGUGAAACACUUUUCCUUCAUUGUCAAACAACUGGUGAGCCAUUCAAACUUACAUGGACCCUGCCCAGUGGGGUUGUUCUCAACAGGUUGCAGAAAGCUGGACGCUAUUCAAUAUUGCGUAAUGGGACAAUUGUCAUUCGACAAGCAUCAGUCUAUGAUAGAGGACCCUAUGUUUGCAGAGCUGCCAAUGAAUAUGGCAGCUCCUUGCUUUCAGUCUCAGUAAAUAUUAUUGCAAACCAACCCAGGAUUACCAGUGGCCCUCCCUCUGUGACUUACGCCAAAAAUGGAGUUGCUGUUCAGCUGAACUGUGUCGCCACUGGGCUCCCUAAAGUAGAGGUGGCUUGGGAAACACCUGAUAAAACCCGCCUGGUUGUAAGUGCACAGCCACGCCUUUUUGGAAACAAGUAUCUCCAUCCACAAGGUUCCCUAAUCAUUCAGAAUCCAACCCAACGAGAUUCUGGUGUUUACCGAUGCACUGCCAGAAAUACUGCCGGUGUAGACUCUAAAACAACAUUUCUGAAUGUGUUCUAAAGAAUUUUACUUUCAACCCAUACCCAAGGCAAUACUGUAUGCCCAAGCAACUGCCUAAUAAAAAGACAUUAUAUCAGAACACAAUUAAAGUCACUGUAAAAAUUGUGAAAUCACCAUCCAAUUAGCAUUCAGUGGCUCUUUAAUUAUGUUCUGACUUAGAGGCUUAAAGCUAAAAUCAUGUGCACCCUACUUUCUUUGUUUGUACAAUUUUGUGAAAGAUCUGUGUGUAAAUACAUAAUUGCUCAGGUAAUUUGGAUACAGAAAACCUAUGUACGGGUUAUGCUUUCUAGACUGGUCACUAAUGGUGGUCUUAAUCAUCUUUGUAUCAUAUUUAACUUUCCCAAUUUCACCAUCGACCUUUUUAAAUGGGAGUAAAUUAUUUAGAAGAUAUAUUGUUUCGUGUUGUUUGGCAAAAAGUAGAAUUUCUGAUGUAUUUAUUAUAAUUAAAUGACAAAAUCAGUUUGCUAUGCAAAAAGCCUGACAUUUUUUACUACACGCUCCUCGAUGGCAGCAUAUCAAGUCACUUACAUAUCACCCAUUAACCCUAACCCUAACAAUAUUUUGAAAAUCCAUAUGUAUUUUUAUGAGUUGCACCUUAUUGGUCUUGUUAAAACACUGACACUCUGAGAAUUGCCUGAAAAUGUUUAUGAAUAAUCUUAAGUAUUCACACAGACAAACAGGAAAGGGUAUCAUUUUUAGUGCAUUUCAUGAUUCUUACAAUCAGAGGCCUCUGAUUGCCAUGUUAAUUUCCAUGUCAGAAAUCAAGCAAUAUGUGAUAAAAAGGAAAAGAAAUAAAGAAAGGCAAAUAAGAGAGCCAGCAAUAUAAUGUUCUACUAAUAUGGUAUACAUAGUGACAGUGAACUAAAGGAGCUGAAAGCCUCAGUUUCUACAGUAGCGCACCUGUGAAAGUAUUAUCACCAUGAGCACAUCACAAUGAAUAUCUACAAUUCAUUUUCUCACAGCAACUUGUCAUUUAGAAGUAAAAAGUACUUUUAAGCUAAUGCUACAUGCUGGAAGGGUCUUAUUAAAGCAGUAAUUAAUUUUACUUAAUAACGUGAUGUUGCCAGUUGACAUGUUUUUAUUGGCAGAAGAUGCAAAAACAAUUUAAAAGAACAGCAACAACAGGUUUAAUUGACUUAGAAACUUUAGUCUCACAAACACCUGAACUUCCUGAAUAGUCUGGCUGCUGAGAAGACGAAACACAUUGUGUUCAUUUACGACUUUCAGAGCUACAAAGAUGUUUUAUGUUAUAAACAUAUUUUAAUUCUGUUUUGAAACAAAAAAGAAAUUCAUGUAUGAUUUAUUUAUGUUUAAUGGUUUAACACGUUUUGCUGUUUCUGACUACGAUGUGGUGUUUGCUUUUCAAACUUUUGGAAGCCCUACCAAAUUUAUACACAAACGAAUAGAAACCAAUGAAUUAGGUACAAAAAAAUAACUCAAGAAAAUCUGUGUAUGUAUGAGAAAAGUAACUCUUCCAUUCUCAAGAGUGUUAGAGGAAAAAGUAAUAAAAUGAAUUGCAGGAUCCAAAUGCAGGGAGGAGCCAAGCAGGUGAAAGUCAAUAGUUGACUAAAGGAAAUAAGAAAAACUAAAUCCAAAAGGGAUAAAUCCAAAAAAAUGUAGAAGAAGCGAAACAAGCUGGGGGCAUACAGAGUGCUCAGUGGUAACUUGUACCAAAUACAUUUUUAUGUUAAUAGUUUUACAUUAACAAUUAACUCAAAAUUGAGGAGUUGGUCUUUUCACUUCAGUCAUAUUGAAUUAGGAUCACUGUUUUCAUCUUAAUCUUUUUAGCUUUUAGCUUAAUCUUUUUUUCUUACAAUGAGUUUACUAUGCCUGCAAAACUCAAAUAUGAGUCUUUCUUUUCUUACACUUUUGUACUUCACAGCAGUUCUGAAAUUGAGCUGUAUAUUGCAGCUUAAAAAUUGAAAUCAAAUUUCCUCUGUCUAAGGUGGCCUUAGUGUUUUGUGUUUUUUUACAUUAAAAUAUAUUCUGCAGUCUUUGAGCAAACCCAUUUUAAACAGUGCAUGGAAACAUCUGGUUUCAGCUGAGGGGCUUUCUGUCUCUGCAAUGGGGUCUGUGGUCCUGACACAACAAUCAUGUCCUCAGCUGUGAUGUAUUUUGUUGUUGAUAGACUGAGCAGUUUUCCACAACGUAAUAAAAACGUCUUUUCAGUCUGUGUUCAAAGCACUUUUUUGUUGACUUUGGAAAACAAAGAAAAGUGCAAAUCAAAUUAUAACAGAAGUUACCAGUGCCUCCCUCUGCUACACAUGCUGUUUUAUUGGUUAUCUUUUGGUUAUGACUAAAUUCUCUCAUUAAGUAUGGAUAGCAAUAUUUUUUUCUUCAUAAGGUCUGGGGAAAAAUGUUUCAAUUUUUAGCUCAUUUAUGAAUCUGUUUUCGAAGGAUUCUAAAUGUUUCUGUGGCUUCACAUGAUG